AUGACUAACCAUACUUCUGAAACAGAAUUUAAGAGUCUUUGUGAAGGAAAGCUUUUCUUUUGUGAUUUCCCUGAACUUGCUGUUGAUGAUGAAAUUUUAAAUGAAAAACUUGUCAAAUAUAAUAACGAAUGGAAUGCUCAAAAAAGAAUGGAAAUUUUUAAAACUAUAGUUGGUCAUGUAGGAGAACACGUAAAAAUGAUAGGACCAUUCUAUUGUAACUUUGGAAGAUACAUCAGUAUUGGAGAUAAUUGUAUUAUUAAUUUUAAUUGUACUGUUCUUGAGGGAGGACCUGUUACUAUUGGAAAUAGAGUUCUUAUUGGUCCAAAUUGUAAUUUAAUUGGUAUUUCUCAUACGACUUGUGAAAAAAUAAGAAAUUACGGUGCUUGCACUGCUUUAGGAAAGCCAAUAGUCAUUAAAGAUGGUGCAUGGCUUGGAGCUGGAGUUAUCGUACUUCCAGGUGUAACUAUUGGAAAGAAUGCAGUGAUUGGUGCAGGAAGUGUUGUUACUCAUGAUAUCCCAGAUGAUAUGAUUGCAGUUGGAAGUCCAGCAAGACCAAUAAGAAAAGUUUCUGAAUAUCCAGACUGGACUCCAGAUCAAAGAGAUGUCCCACUUAAUUGA